AUGCUCUUCACUCCUGCCGUCGCCGCUACCGUCUUGGCCUUCGCCUCUUCGGCCCUUGCCGGCCCCGUCCGUGCUCGCGGCGAUUCUACUCCGGCUUUGAGCUUGACCCAGCAGCUCUUCCUCGCUGAAACUGCUGCCGACCGAUUCAAGCUUCUCCCCGACAACAAGCAAUUCAUCUUUGACUUCAACAAGAAGCAGGAGAACCCUGGCAAUGGCGGCGAGCUCAUCGCUGCCAACCGCAAGACUUUCCCCGCCCUCGUUGGUACCGGCGCCGGCAUGGCAGUGGGACGUGUCAAUGGAUGCGGCAUGAACACCUUUCAUGUUCACCCCCGAUCGGUCGAGCUCCAGAUCGUCACCCAGGGCCGUCUCAUCACCGAGAUGACUCCCGAGAACGGCGUCUUCGAGGCUGAUGGCAAGACCCGUCGCGUCAUCCGCACCGAGAUCGGUCCCUACCAGAUGACUCCCUUCUACCAGGGUUCCCUCCACACCCAAUUCAACCCGGACUGUGAGCCCGCCACCUUCGUCGCCGCCUUUACCUCUGAGGACUUUGGCACUGGCCAAGUCGCCGAUAGCACUUUCGCCUUGAGUGACGACGUCAUUGCCGCUACAUUCGGCCAGAGCAUUGAUGGUGAGGACAUCGAGAUGGUCCGCGCCGCCAUUCCCAAGAGCAUCGCCAAGGGCGUCGAUGAGUGCCUGAAGCGCUGCGAGAAGAAGAAGCGUACGAUCUAA